ACAGCACUGGUUCACCACUCUCCACAGCAUGUCCAUGGAGGUGCCAAUUCAGCUUCCACUGCACCCAGACUUGAUCUUCCAGAUGGCCAGCUGCUACAUCCAAAUCUCGUCUCUCUCCAUCUGACACCCAGGAAGCUCCAUGGUUGAACCCGGAGAAUCAGGCAUGCUCUGAGCAGGUCCGUGAGGUCCUACUGAGCAGUAGGAAGCCCUGCACCUGAACCACCUACCUUGCAAAAUGGAAGCGAUUCUCCAUCUGGUGAUCCCAAUGACAGAUCCCACCUUUACAGUCAUCUAUACAGCUUAUCUUGGAGUACCUGCUGCUCCUGAAACAACAAGGCCUAGCCCUCUUGUCAGUCAAGGUCCACCUAAUGGCCAUUUCUGCCUUCCAUCCCAAGGUGAACAAUUGAGCAGUCUUCUUCCAUGAGAUGGUUGUCCGAUUUCUCAAAGGCUUGGAAAGGGUAUACCCUCAAGUCAGAGAUCACUUGUACUGAUGGCACAGUUAGUCCCAGAUUUUUGAAAGGUAUUUAGGCAUUGCUGUGUUCAGCAUUGCAACGCCUGACUGAUUUAGGAGCCAGUUGAUUAUCAAUGGGAAUUAAGCUCUUAAGUGCCUAAGUCACUUUAAAACGGAGAUUUAGAUUCAGUAAUGGGGCAACACAGGGUUAAUGAGCUAAUGUGAGCUCAGGGGAGCUGUUCCCCCUUGCAUCUGUGAGAGACGCUAGGAUUGGAGGAAUUAGCUUAAGAGGGAAAAGCACAUCUCAGUUGAUGACAGAUCAGGAAGGAAAGCAGAGAUUCAGUCCUCAGCUCCUGGAGAAAUGGCUGACUGAAGGCAGGAACUCCCCAGAUGACACUAACUGAUGGACCCUCCAUGAAAGAAGGUCUUGACUCAUCUUGAGAUGGAACCAUUCCCUUCUAUUACUUGUAAACUCAGUUUAGGGCCACAGCAUGACAAGUGCCCUCUGAAGGAAGAGAGCCUUAAUCCAAUUUUGGGAUGAUUCAUUUGUGUUAAUUGCCCUUGUUUCUGUUUGUUGACUAUCCUGGAAGGUGUGGAGAGACUUUAAAAUGACCUGGCCAGAAGGCCACGUCACGGGAAGAGGCAGACUACCGCAGACGGUAUCUGAUGGGGAAAGAACUGCUAUACCAUGCCUGGCUGGCCACACGGAGUUGCUAGUGGCUAUAAACAGGCAAAUGUUGUGAUUUUGCACAAAUCUCUUGCUGAUGACUUUGAAAAGUUUUGCCAUGCAAAUGAUGGACCUCUCCCGCUGCUGUACAGAAGUAAACCAGGUGAAUGGAAAUGUCCUUCUCUGAGCAGCAAUUGUGAUAUCAGAACUGAUUGCCUGCAGUACAGGAUAUAUGAGUAUGGAGCUUGUACUGGCACUUUGAAAAGUCUGAAGGAUUAUUUUGAUCAGCUUAAAGACAUGGUGACUUUUUAUUUAGGCUGCAGCUUCUCAUUUGAAAAGGCAGUCCACAAGGUUGGCGUUCCUCUAAGGAACAUUGAGCAGAAAUGUAACGUAAGCAUGUACAAGACAGAUAUCCCUUGCUGCAGAGUUGCUAGUUUUUGCUGCAAUUUAGUGGUCACAAUGAGACCAGUUCCUGAAGACAAGUUAGAAGCAGUUGUGGGAGCUACUUAUCCAUUGAAAGACUCACAUGGAGCACCAAUUCACAUUGGUAACCCUGGUCUAUUAGGAAUCCAAAACCUUUCCAGCCCAGACUAUGGAGAUCCAGUUCAGCCUCACCCUGGGGAUGUUUCAGUGUUUUGGGCCUGUGGAGUAACAGGGGUGGAAGCAGUCAGCAACUGCAAGUCUCCACUGGCUUUUACACAUUCUCCUGGCUGCAUGUUUGUUACUGACCUGAAGAAUGAAGAUGCUGCAGUUCAUAACUCUAAAGAAAUCCCAAAGGUCCACUGCAUUUCUCAAAAUCCUUUGCAUUAUAGCAUUGCAUCAGAAACAGCUGUACAAAAGAUAAGAGAGCUAGAAAGCCUAAUUGGAGUAGAUCCAGGAGACCGGGGAGUGAAACAUUUGUGCUGCCAGGAUGAGCUGCUAAAGACUUGCCUCUCCCUUUCACAUGCCCGAUCAGUGCUGAUAACCACUGGAUUUCCUACUCACUUCAACUAUGAGCCACCUGAAGAGAAUGAUGGACCUCCAGGAGCCAUUGCUAUGGCAGCCAUGUUGCAGAGCUUGGAGAAAAAUGUUUUUAUAGUAACAGACCAGAGAGCCAUGAGCUUGAAUAAAAAGAUUAUUGAAGAUGCUGUUCAGCAAGGGGUACUGAAGACACCAGUGCCUCUAUUGAGUUAUCAGGGAAAUGCUGCAGAGUCAGCUUUGAUGUUUUUGUGUGAGAAUGGGAAUCUUGAAAGACCCAGAUUUGAUCAUCUGAUAGCAAUAGAACGUGCAGGGAUGGCUGCUGAUGGCAAUUAUUACAAUGCAAGGAAAGUCAAUAUUAAGCAUCUAGUGGAUCCCAUAGAUGAACUGUUUCUAGCUGCACAUACCAUCCCUGGAGUCUCAACAACAGGCAUUGGGGAUGGAGGAAAUGAACUGGGAAUGGGAAAAGUAAAAGAAACUGUAAGGAAGCACAUAAAAAAUGGAGAUGUUAUAGCUUGUGACGUUGAAGCUGAUUUCGCUAUUGUAGCCGGAGUCUCUAACUGGGGAGGCUAUGCUGUUGCUUGUGCUCUGUAUAUCCUCAACACCUGUGAAAUACACGAUCGCUAUCUGAGGAAAGCUAUUGGGUUCCCCAGAUUGUCCAAGAAGGCAAACUGGGCAUCAGCACUUCCAUCCAUUACUAAGGAAGAAAAGUUGCUGAAAACACUUAUACAGCAUGGAGUCCGUAGUGGAGUAACUGCCAGUCUCGAAAUGGAAGUGGAUGGACUGCCCUUCUACAACAUACACUCACUUAUGAUUGAAAAACUGCUGGAACAGAUACUGUAAUGACUUUUCCCUAACCAUUUCUAAACUCUAAAGUUUCUAUUAGAUAUCUCUCCACCCGCAAUCUAACAACAAGGUAUGGAAGACCAGAAAAGGCUUGUUCUAUAUAUGUAGGUACUUAUAUGGCCUCCAUCACUAGUAUCUGAGCACCUCACAAUCAUUAAUGAUUAUCCUUCUAACAUUGCUGUGAAAUAGGAAAGUUUCAUUAGCCCUGUUUGGCAGAUGAAGAGAUGAGAGAUGGAGAGAUUAAAUGAUUUCAUCAAGAUCACACAAGAGGUCUGACACAGACCUGAAUUCAGCUCUCAAGAGUCCCAGGCUCAUACCUUCACCACAAGCCCAUCUUUCCUAUUUGAUAAGUAUAAAACUCUGAGUUAUGUUGACUCACUCAUACAAUCUAUGGCCUUAUAUAGUAAAAGAUGACCAUGUUUCAUGAAAAAAGUCUCUUGCCAAAGUGUUAUCACCCUUGCCUUUUCCUGUGUGACUAAUUCACACAGCUGCAACAGGAAGUAGUGCUUGUAGCAACUUGGUUUUUAAAAGACAGUAUGGAAAGCAGCUCUAAUAAAGAUGCAGGUUAA